CGGAUUUAUAAUUGAUGACGUCAUCGCACCUGUUUUAUUACUCCGCAAAUUUUUCAAAAUUAAUUACACAAAAAUAGGAUGAUGGUUAUGCAAAUAUUUACAAAUGAACCGUUUAUUUAUCAAUCCAAUGUGAUAACUGUAUAGAUAAAUUAUUAUUUACCUGACAACGGGUCCGUGACUCAUUCCAGACAGCGGCAGUGAGUCAUCUUUCGAUAUGUGAUGCGGCUAUAAUGGCUGAGAAUGAGACGUACUGGAGUGUGCUUCUUGUUGAUUCUAAGUGCCUUUGCCGUUUGUUGGGUAAUCUUCAAAUCAACGAUGCUUAACGAGUCAACAACUACUGAAAUAAUUGGCGGAGUGUCUUACAUGUCUCAAGCUAGUAUCGCUAACUCUUCAUUGGUUCAGAGUACAACAACAAUAACAGCGUCUACAUUAAAUAGUUCUAUAUCUCCAAACGAAACAAACAUUAUGGAAGAAAAUCCUCAUGCAAAGCGGGACUUCUAUAUUGGCCUCACACUGGCCAUGAGCUCAAGUAUUUUCAUUGGAACAAGUUUUAUACUAAAGAAGAAAGGAUUACUCAAAUUGGCUGCUCAAUCUUCCCAAAGGGCAGGAGAUGGAGGUUUUGGUUACCUGAAAGAGCCACUAUGGUGGGGAGGAAUGCUCUUAAUGGCGUUUGGUGAAGUGACAAAUUUUGUAGCUUACGCAUUUGCCCCAGCUACACUGGUGACACCUUUAGGUGCACUUAGUGUACUAGUCAGUGCAAUGUUGGCAUCGAAGAUGUUGGGUGAAAAUCUGAACCUUAUCGGCAAAGUUGGCUGUCUAGUUUGCCUACUGGGAUCUACUGUGGUAGUCAUUCACUCACCUAAAGAAACAGAAAUAAAAAGCAUGGCUAUCCUAGCCGAAAAACUUAAAGAUCCAGGGUUUAUCACAUAUGCCUUUAUUAUCGCAGUAUGUGCAUGUGUACUUAUAUUCUAUUAUGGACCUCGUCACGGCCAGACAAACCCCCUGAUCUAUAUCACAAUCAGUGGAUCUAUUGGUUCUCUCACUGUUAUGGGCUGUAAGGGACUAGGCGUGGCCCUUAAACAAACAUUCGCUGGAGACAAUCAGAUGACGAACUGGCUGACGUGGCUUAUUCUUAUCACGUUAGUGUUUGAUAUUUCCAUCCAAAUGAAUUAUCUUAACAAAGCCCUGGAUAUUUUCAACACUGCAGUAGUGACGCCGAUUUUAUAUGUCGUUUUUACGACUUUUGUGAUUAUCGCUUCAGCCAUCUUGUUUAAAGAAUGGGCUGAUUUGGGAGCACUGGAUAUCGUUGGGAAUAUAUGUGGAUUUAUAACGACCAUAUCUGGCAUUUUUCUACUACAGUUCUUCAAGGAUUUAGACAUUACUUUAAAAAGUACCGUCAAGGUUCGGAAGGAUGCCCCAGCCUCGGUGAAUACCAUGGCCAAUGGGGAAGUGAGGUAUACCCCCACACAUGAUGACUCUAGGUCCAUUCUUCUGGAACAUGCUGAAUGCCAAAUGUCAGAUGAAGAGAUAAAUGUUGAUCAUAGAUAUAAUUCCUUGAUGAAAACAUGAAGCCUCAUUCAGAGAAUAUGAUUAGUUGUGUCUUAUCCAGUUUUAAAACUUCAAGGAUCUUGAACUAAUUUGGGUUCAGAUCGCAGAUUUUCAUUAAAAUGAUUGAUAUCCUUUGUAUCAAAUCUCUGCUUUUUGCCCCAACCUACAUUGAAAUGGUGCAAAUUUGCAUCGAAAUGUUGCAAAUUUGCAUCAAAAUGGUGCAAAUUUGCAUCAAAAUGGUGCAAAUGUGCAUCGAAAUGGUGUGAAUAUGCAUUAAAAGGGGAGGAUAUGUAUGGAAGGAUAACACCUCACUUGCCAAAGUAGUUAUUUACUACAGGUCCCGUAUCGAACUUUUGCUGAGAUGGAUUCAGUUUCUCAAAAAUUCCAAAGAUGGUUCGGUUUGACAAUUUUGACCCAAAAUCACUUGAAAUUA